GUCAAGAAAAUCUCUCUCCCUGUCUCUCUUCAAUCUUUUGCAUCUUCAAGCCUUCAAUUUCAUUCUCUCUCUUUCUCUCUCCCCCCAUUUACCCUAAAGAUCAACGAAGGGGAUGCACAAAUCCUCAUCUGCAUAAGCUUCUCCUUCAGAGUUCAGUCUUUUCAUCUACUCUGAGGAAAAGGGUAGAGGUGGGGGGAGAGAGAGAGUGAUAUGGCUGCUUAAUCUGCUACUGAUUCUUAAUAUCUCAUACUGUUUAGGGUUUUCUCUAUUUUCUAUCAAUAAUAAUCUACAUCUUCUUCAUCUAUCGGUUAAAAAAAAUACCCAAAAUCUAAACUAUAAAUCCCUAGUUUCUGUUUCUUUUUAUCAUCCAUAUUACUUAGUUUCAGUAAGCACUGUGCUAUUGCGAUGGAACUUGGUUUCGAUUCUGCUCUUUGUAGCCUUCUCUGUGAAGAAGACAACGAUCUCAUUUUCGACGAUUUUGAUAGUACUAAUCAACAAAAGAAUCAUCAAGACCAUAUCUUUGACUAUGAUGAUGAAUACUUGAUUGGGUUGCCAGUUUUGAAUGAUGAGUGUUUCACCUUGAUGCUGAAAAGGGAGUGUGAGCAUUUGGCUGCUAGAGAUUAUUUGGAUAGAUUGAGAAAUGGGGAUUUGGAUUCUGAUGCUAGAAUGCAUGCCAUUGAUUGGAUUGGAAAGGCUCAUGCUUACUUCAAUUUUGGACCACUGUGUUUGUAUUUGUCUAUAAACUAUCUAGACAGAUUCCUUUCAAUCUAUGAGCUACCAAAGGGUAAAGCUUGGAUGAUGCAGUUGUUAGCUGUGGCUUGCUUCUCUAUUGCAGCCAAAAUGGAGGAGACUGAGAUGCCAUUAACAUUAGACUUACAGGUGGGUGAAUCGCGAUUCUUGUUUGAGGGUAAGACUAUACAAAGAAUGGAGCUACUAGUUUUGAGUACAUUGAAAUGGAGAAUGCAGGCAAUUACUCCAUUCUCCUUCAUAGACUAUUUUCUUAGAAAGAUCUACAAUGAUGGAACUCCUCCUAAAUCUUCCAUCUGUCGAUCCAUCCAUCUCAUAUCAAGCUUACUGAAAGGGAUUGAUUUCUUGGAGUUUAGACCUUCCGAGAUUGCAGCAGCUGUGGCAUUGUCUAUUGCAGAUGAAUCAUUCGAAAGAGAUGAUGACAAGGAAGAAUCGAUCUAUCAUUUGCUCAUUCAGCAUUUAGAUAAGGAGAGAUUGUUUAUGUGUGUCGAAUUGAUCAAUGGUUCAUAUUUAGUGGGGACAACUACUAAGGUUCCAAGUUCUAUUUCCCCAUCAAUACCCCAAAGCCCGAUUGGUGUACUUGAUGCUGCAUGCCUGAGCUAUAAGUGCGAUGAAUCAACAUCUGCAGAUUCUUCUCCCAGUAGCCCAAAAGCUAAGAGAAGGAAGUUGAACAUGCCAUUGGUUUUGGAAUUCUGAUUUGAGUUGAAAGCACUAAUGAUAUGAACUGAUGUUUCUAAUUUUCCUUUUUAUUUUAUUUUAGAACACAUAAAAAUGUGAAAAAAAAAUUCAUUGGUUUCUGGAAAAGAGAUAGGAAAAAAAUUUACAAAGCAGAAUUCAUUGGUUUGUUGUUGGAGUGUGAUACUUGCUCGAUUUAUAACUAUGGAGCUUUUCUUUGGUUAAGAAACUUGUGAUUUCUGAA